CCCACAGACAGCGCCAUGGCAUGCCCGAGGUCCCUCCUGCUCCUGCUCGUCCUCCUGUUGGCCAUCGGCGUGCCCCUGGCACGAGCCCAGCACUGGUCCCAUGGCUGGUACCCCGGCGGGAAGAGGGAGCUGGACUUGUCGCAGGCACCACAGGUGCGACCUGCCUGGAGUCCUGUGCUGGUGCCCGCGCGGGGCCGGAAGACGCGGUACGACCCGCCCGCCAAGUCCAAGGCCGAGCGCGUCAAGGUGCCGCCGCCCGUGGACCCGGCCGAGCUGCUCGUGGUGCAGGAGCGAUACCGCCAAUACUACAGCGUGGUGCGGGCCCUAAGGUCCGUGUUCAGGGCAGAGGCAGCACAGAAGAAGCGGGAGCACCUGAGCAACAUACAUGAGGAGUCCGAGAUUGAUGAGGCGCUGAUGGCCUGGAACGACGCCGAGAACGAGCAGCAGCUGAGGCGCAGGGAGGAGCGAAUCAGGAGAGAAGAGGAAGAGCUGGAGAAGCAGAAGUUGCAAGGGGCCAUCAGCCAAGCCAAGCUGAUGGAGGACUUCAUGAAGGAGAAGGAGAAGGAGGUCCUUCAGCUACAGGAGGAAGCCCGAACCUUCAUCACCCCUGAGAACCUGGAUGAGCGGAUCGAGCAGUGCCUGGACAACCCCCAAAACUACAAUUUUGCCAUUGACAAAGAGCAGCGCAUCAUCAGGCGCACUAGCCUGUCCUAGGAGUGCCACCUCCACCUCGGCCUGUUUGGGCAGUGCAGUGGCAGGCUGCCCAACAGUUUCUGUCCAGGUGUUGAGCUCAUGGAAGCGGGGGGGCUUCCUGCCCUGGGGACACAGAUAAGCCAGGGGAUUCUCAUUUGAACAAAUGGCCUUUGGUGGCCACAUGUGGUUCCUGUCCUGAAAUGGUCUCACCUACUGGCCGGAUCAUGGCCCUUCCCUUCAGCACUAAUUGCUCAUAUCUGGGAAAUAAAGGGAUGCGUUUUGUAU